AGAAAAGAAAAUAGGAAAAAAAUAAAUUUUGAAUUUUCAUAUUCGCCCUCCAAUCUUCUUCUCUCGAGAAACGAUCAUCAUCAUCAUCGCCGGAAAUGGGUGUACCGGAGACUGACCCGCUUUCACAGCUUAGUUUGCCGCCUGGGUUCCGAUUUUAUCCCACCGAUGAGGAGCUUCUGGUGCAGUAUCUCUGCCGGAAAGUGGCCGGACAGGGGUUUUCAUUGGAGAUAAUUGGCGAAAUCGACCUGUACAAGUUUGACCCAUGGGUUCUUCCCAGUAAAGCUAUAUUUGGAGAGAAAGAGUGGUACUUUUUCAGUCCCAGAGAUCGGAAGUACCCAAAUGGGUCCAGACCCAAUAGGGUUGCUGGGUCUGGGUAUUGGAAGGCCACCGGAACUGAUAAGGUGAUUACCACCGAGGGCCGGAAAGUUGGUAUCAAGAAAGCUCUGGUGUUUUACGUCGGCAAAGCUCCAAAAGGAACCAAAACCAAUUGGAUCAUGCAUGAGUACAGACUCCUAGAAAACUCGAGGAAAAAUGGAAGCUCCAAGUUGGAUGAUUGGGUUCUGUGCAGAAUUUACAAGAAGAAUUCCAACUCUUCGAAACCCAUAGCAGCUGUACUUCCCAGCAAAGCGCACAGCAACGGCUCGUCAUCGUCAUCGUCGUCCCACCUCGACGACGUCCUGGAGUCGCUGCCGGAGAUCGAUGACAGGUUCUUUUCUCCCAAUCGGAUGAAUUCUCUGAGAGUUUCACAGCCGGACGAGAAAGUCAACUUCCAUAACCUGGGCUCGGGCAACUUCGACUGGGCCACUCUAGCAGGCGUCUCCUCCUUGCAGGAGUUGGUCUCCGGCGUCCAAUCCCACGCCCAGCCUCCCGCAGCGGUCAACAACAGCAACGAAAUGUACGUUCCGUCACUGCCGCCGCUAAUCCAAGCCGAAGAAGAAGUCCAGAGCGGACUCAGAACCCAGAGAGUCGACCCAGUAAUGAACCAAGGGUUCUUCCCGCAGAACUCGAACGCGUUCAGUCAGAGUUUCUCUAACUCGCUCGACCCGUUCGGGUUUCGGUACCCGACCCAACCUAGCGGAUUUGGAUAUAGGCAGUAAAAAAAAUGUAGAAAAAGAAAAGUCGGAUCAGAGCAGGAAAGGAGUGGCAAUUGUGUAAAUAGAUGGGAAUCCUUUGGGCUAACCUUUAGGCUUAGGAUUCCUAACAGGGAAAUCUGGGAUUUUUAAAUGUCGGCAGAGUGGAAAAGAAAGGCUUUUCUUCUUGUGAUUUUAGGGCACAUAUUCAAUGUACACGUGACAAAGGUGAUGUACAUUUUUUUAUAUUUUCAAAUUAAAUUAGAGUUUGAUUUCGGACCAUGUUCUCAGAAUCGGUCGGACCAGCUGCUUCCCACCUUAAAUUCAAAAUUACAUUGUACUUUUGUCUGGAUUCAUCUUUCUGAAAUAAAAAGGUUGUAAUUUCUUCCACGGUUUGUA